GCACAUCAUCGGGUCGUCCACGCUUGAAUCUGGACAUGCGUCAUCGACAGCUACAUGUCGCUCGUCUACCUCUCGUGUCAAGCCUCUGAUGCCCGGAUGAUCCGGUCUGCUAUCACGCUCGCAGCUCGUCGGCUGUCUGUGGCGGCGAAGACAGAGCUAGUGCACGCAUGGGCAUGCGAGAGGCACAUGCUCUACCGACGGGCACCGUCAUGCUCAGGAACGGUCGUCUGAAAUCACGAUAGGUAACGUCAUGACGGUCUCUUGCAAGACGUAUAAAGACCUGUGGCAAUCUCGACAUACCCAUCAUUUCUUCGACACCGAUUGCGACUCGCUUCCAUUGCACAUUUCGGCAGUCAGCUUAGCACCAUGAAGACUUCAUUCGCCAUCUCUGUCAUUGCGGCAGUACUCGCAGUCAAUGUUGCCGCCGCACCUGUCGCCCAAUCGCGAGGCCCAAGCACCGUCACCACCAAUGGACCCAGCUCAAACACCCAGAGUGGUGCCACGAACGAAAACAGCGGAGGCACAGACGCUUCAGCUGGCAACAGCGAGAGUGUCAACAAGUCGACCGACACAGAAAACAAUGUGCCCGGCACGGGCUCAGCAAGCUCCAAAUCUGCCUCUGGAUCCGGUGGCUCUUCGCCUAGUGGCUGGGGCUCGCCUAGCGAAUGGGGCAGCUCUCACCCAGCCUCGUCCGGCUCAAAGUCUGGCUCUGGCGCGUCCACUGGAUCGUCAACCUCUGGGACUCAAAAUCCUCAAGCAAACAACGACGGCAACCCUGCUGCCGUAGAUAACGGCAAUCCCACAGCAUCUGCAGACGGCAGUGGCAACGGCAACUCCUUCGGCAAUCCCAGCAGUUCUGAUGCUGGUUCGGGCAAUAGUGCAACAUUUGGCAAUUCGAACUCGAUUGGCUCAAACGAAGGUUCCCAGCCCUCAUCUGAACCAUCAUACUGGAGCGAUCCUAGCCAAGGUGGUAGACAGCCUGCAUCGUCGUCUGACACGACCAACGGCCCAAGUUCAUCGACUGGCUCGAGCGCGUACAAUGGCAACAGCGGUGGCACCGACGCGUCUGCAGGCAACGAUGAAGGCUUCAACAAAGGCACAACGACUGUGAACAAUGUACCUGGCGCGGGAUCAGCAGCAUCUGGCUCAUCUAGCGGCGGUUCUGGUUCCGGCAGCGGAUCUAGCUCAUCUGGCUCGGGUGCAUCCACUGGAGGCAAAACGGGAGGAUAUCAAUCCCCACAGGCCAAUAACGAUGGCAACCCGCAAGCGGUAGACAACGGGAACCCAGACGCCUCGGCAGAUGGCAGCGGCAACGGGAACUCUUUUGGCAAUCCCUCCGCGGUAGAUUCAGGCAGCGGCAACUCCGCCUCUUUCGGCAAUGGCAAUUCUAUCGGCAGCAAUGACUCUCCGUUAGUGGGCAGCGUCAGCAUACUAUAAUCUCAAGAGGCGACGAUGAUGUAAGAUUACGCGUUCGACGCAUACGCGGCAAUUUGAAAAAUUAUAGAAUCACAUGUAACAGAAUAUUGAAUUAGAUCGCAUUGUCCAAUACU